AUGCUAAAUGAAAUACACAAUAUUGGAAGAGGAAAAAAUUGGUCACAACUAAUCGAGGAAGUAUUGAAAGCAGCUGAAGGAGUAACUCAAAUAACGGAACGAAUAAUUCAAAAAUCAAAUUCCAUCUUUCAAGCACAAUUAAUGGCCACAAAAACUGAACAGAUGCUCAAAUCACUUCUGGAAGUGUUACAAAGUAUUCAAGAAGUACAAGCAAAAGAUGGUGAUAGUAUGAAACUGUUGACAGCACGAAGUACAACGUUAACAGCAACUGUAAGACAACUGUUAUCAACCGUGUCAUACUCAUAA